AUGUUUCCAUUUCUUAGAAUAUCGAAUGAAGUUACCAGAUUUUCUGAGAUUCAUUUUUUCUACGUUUAUAUAGAUAUUAUUCUUAAGAUUUUAGUUCGAAGCACCAAUUUUUCAAGGAAUGCGUUGCGCGUUGUUUUUUUUUUAUCAUUCUAUCUUCAGGAGAAUCCGUUCUCCCUUGAAGAUCAUGUACUGGAUGGUAAUACGGAGAAGCCGUAUACGUUGGUGUUGACGCAGGCUAGUAAAGUUCAGGCUACAACCGACGUAGCUACCAUGCGUCGGUCUCGAGGAAGAAAUAUCACCAGUGAGACGUUUGUUUGCAUGCACCGUGCUCAGCCAAUGUUUGUCGAACAGAAAGGAAAUUUGUCAAUGUAUAGCAAUUGGCAUCAAGUAAACAUCAAUGAGACGGAAUCUAAAUUGAAUCUUCUUUAUAUGGGUAUGUGCUCGACAAAGCCACGAACAGGUGUGAAACCUUUUUGGCGAUACAGCGUUGCUAAUCGCGAUCACGGCCAGUAUAAAAUGACUCAUUCGUCAUUCUGGGAAUAUCGAAAUAAGGUUAAGGCUUUUUUCCACAUUAUACUUCUUAUUUCUCGAAUUUCCGCGAGUUUACAUGAUGCCUAUGGCGUUAGGUUGAAUGUUUUUAGAGGGGACAACCAAUCAACGUCAAAGUGCAAACCACCGGAGGAUACUAUAAAAACAUCUAAAUCGACAAAAAGGCGGGAUCCCGUGAUCGGUGGAUAUCGCACGGAUGAGGUGUAUGUGUACGUUCGAGGAAGAGGUCGUGGACGUUAUGUGUGUGAGCGAUGCGGAAUUCGGUGCAAAAAACCGAGUAUGCUUAAUAAACACAUAAAGUCGCACACUGAUAUUCGCCCGUAUAAAUGCAAGGAAUGCAAUUUCUCAUUCAAAACAAAGGGGAACUGGACGAAACAUCUUAGCUCGAAAACGCAUCGAAGGCGACUUGUACAGGGUAAAGUCCCUCAUAAAAUUAGCAUGGGAAUGCCCCGCGAAAAUUUUUGUAUAAUUUUUUUUAGCAGCUCGGAUGAGGAGGCUGACGAUCACUUGCCUGCAAUUCCCUACAGAAAGUUUGGUCAAGAGAUUAUUUUGUCCGAACGAUCUGCUCACACACCACCUUCACGGUGGAUGCUUGUUAAUGAGACAAUUGCUAAUAGAUGGCCAGACCCUGAUCAAGCAAGAAAUUGUAGCUCUGCUCCGCCAUCUGCUGUAAGUCCAAUGAAGGAAGAAAUUAAGGAGGAACAAUGUAAGUCUAUAAGAUUCUUUCAUACCAUUUCCGAUAUCCGAAUCAUCAGUUUUAAACUUCUUCUAGCCACUACCGCAAUGAUUGAAUCGAUGAAGUGUAACCAGUGCGACCGCUCAUUUCGAAAAGCCUCUGAGCUAACCUUGCACCAAUACACACAUGAUAUCGAGAAGCAUCAUGCUAGGAAUAGAAUGUUCCAGUGCCCAGAAUGCAGAAUCCCAUUAAGAACGAAGGCUCUGCUCGCUAAGCACUUGGAGGCCUCACAUGGAAGUCACAUAGAUGACAGCGUAACGGCGAGCAUUGAUCCGUGUGCAUCAACGCAAUCUGUGCUGGGAGGUUCGGCACCAAUCGCUUCAAAUCCGAGGUCGUUCGUGUGUUCGGAUUGUAACAUUGGCUUUAGAAAGCACGGAAUUCUCGCGAAACAUUUAAGGUCGAAAACUCAUGUGAUGAAGUUGGAAACCCUCAAAAAGCUUCCAGAAGACUCUUUAUCUCUCAUUACUAAAAGAGACAACGGUGCAUGUCUAAAUGGCGUUGACACCACUGAUUGUGAGAAGGCGCGGAAAUCAUUAUUCGGUUCAAUCGUCUUCAUCUUAUUAUUGAAAUGCCUGAGGAUUACAGUUAUGCUUCAGGAACCGAGCACGUGUUCUUCGCCAGUGGUACGUAUAUUAAACAGUAAUGGUUUUGCUGCCUCUCCUCUGAUGCCUCAAGGCACAAAAUGUCAAAUAUGUGGAGUCAAUGCGGACAGUCCUCUUGAACUACAAGUUCAUCUUUAUUCUGAUCAUAUAUCGAUUCGAGACGGAAAGGACCUUAAAUGUCCAAAACGGCAUUGUGACAAGGUCUAUCCAAACAAAGACAGUCUCAGGCACCAUAUCAUCGCCCACUAUCAACAACGUUCUCGUGGCCUAGUCCUGCAAGGUAUUAACGACUUUAAUGUUCUACUAGAAAAAAUAAGCGCCGCGCCGCGAGCCGCGAGCACUAAUAAUUUCCAUACUAUAAAAUUGCAAGCUGAAUAG